AUGCGACCAUCUCGGUACCUCCUCCUGAGCGCGCUUGUCGCAGCCUCGGCAGCAGCCUCCGCUUCUCAGCAGCAGCACCAAGUUCGAGGUCGUCCAGACCACCAUCUUGCUGCCCGGUCACCUCAGUUCCCUCUGUUUGGCGGUUUCGGUGGUGGUGACGACGACGACGACUCGUCCGCAUCUGCCACGCGCCCUUCUGCCACUGGCUCCCAAACCGAUGAUGGAUUGUUCCCAGCCGCCUCUUCCAGUUCAGCUGCAGCUGUCUCUUCCUCUGCUGCUGCUGCUGCUGCUGCUGCUUCUUCUUCCUCUUCAGCCGCUCUAGCCUCUGCUUCCGCCUCACGAGCAGCCGCUGAAUCCUCCUCCAUUGCUGCAGCCGCUGCUUCCUCCUCCAUUGCUGCAGCCGCUGCUUCCUCUGCUGCUGCCUCCAUCUCCAGCGCAGCUGCUUCCGAAGCCGCCGCAUCAUCCCGUUCUGCCGCUGCAGCUGCCUCUGCCAGUCGCACUUCCACUUCUGCUACAGCCCAGCCAACCACUUCAGCCGGUCUCACCACAACCCUCACCGCUACAGUCCAAGCUGCACCAACAGCCGUCCCUCCCACUUCCUCGGCUACCAGCGAAUCCUCCGACAGCAACAAGUCUGGAGGAGCAAGCACCGGUCUCAUCAUUGGCGUUUCCGUCACAGGAGGCGUGUUGGUUCUUGCAGCAUUCAUCUUCCUCUACUUCAAAUUCGGUACUCGACGAUUCAGCAAUUUCGACGAUGGAGAUGCCGAUAUCAAGUGGCCUGAGCUCAAACAUGAUCCUGAUUCGAACGUCAUGCAGCCGUUGCCGGCGCGUAGGACGGGUGGAGCUGGGUUCGAUAUGGGUGAUGAAUCGGAUAACGAAGGGCAUGAUGGGAAUGGUAUGGGUGAGAAAGGAAGGGAUAGUUUUGGCAACUCGACUACUGCACUUGCUGCUGGAGGUGGUGCGGUUGGGGGAUAUGGGGUCGGGGAGUACGUCGAUCAUGGCUAUGCAGCACAGAUGGAUCCGGCGGUUGGUGCCGGGUAUUAUGGUGAACAUAUGUAUGGAGGACAGUAUGGAGUGCAACAGACUUCUCCUCCGCAGGGAGGGGAUGGAGGGUAUGCGGAUGGUGGGAACCUGUACGGAGUGGAUCCUUAUGCUCAUGCUGGCAUGGCACAUCCUCAUCCUCAGCAGCAGAGUUAUCAGAAUCAUUACUGA